AUGGACCACAGUACUGACGAGGAAUCCAGAAUUGGGGGUGAUGGUGUCAAGGAUACCCACGAGGAGAAACCAGAGAAACCGUUGCCAUCUGGCAGCAAUCCUCCCCAAGAGCGCCAUAUCACCUGGCUCGAUACACUCCGGCACUAUGAAGGUGUCUUGGACCGAAAGGUCGGCGUCGAAGCCCGCGCAGUCCAGAGAAAGAGACCCGAAGAUCGCGACCCUCAAUACACAAAAUGGCACAACCAAGCCGUCAUGUCCCUGCUAUGGAUGAGCUCAACACUGAACCUGGCCUGCUUUGCAACCGGCUUCCUGGGCACAACACUAGGUCUGGAUUUGAGAACAUCACUUACCAUUAUCAUCACAGCCACCUUUCUGGGGAGUGCUGUUCCUGGAUGGUGCGCCACCCUAGGCCCCAGCACCGGCCUCCGUCAAAUCUCCAUCUCCCGCUACUCCCUCGGCUGGUGGCCGUCCAAAGCGGCCGCCAUCCUCAACGUCAUCGGGCAAAUCGGCUGGUCAUCCGUCGGCUCCAUCACCAGCGGCCUUGCCCUCGCCGCCGUCUCGGACGGCGCCAUCCACCUCGAGAUUGGCGUGGUUUUGUCAAUUGCCAUCAGCUUCGUCGUCUCCAUCAUCGGCCUCAAAGCCGUUUUCGCGUAUGAUAAGUUCGCGGGCUUGGUGAUGGCCUUUGUCUUUAUAACCAUGUACACCGAAGCCGUACCUGCCGUUCAACAACCCCCAAAACCCAGCCCUGAAUCUGCUGCUGUCUCAACCCUAUCCGGCCCAGCACUAACAGCCUCCUCCCUAAAACUCUUCUCAGUAAUCUACGGCUCCUCCGUCUCCUGGGCCUCGGUAGUAUCCGAUUACUACGUCGAAUACCCGCCCACCACCUCUUCCCUCAAGAUCUUCCUCCUCACCACUUUGGGUCUGGCCCUUCCUACUUGCUUCGCCAUGAGUCUCGGCGCCCUCGUCUCCUCUUCUCUUUCUUCCCACCCAGUCUGGCUUGCCGCCUACAACCAAGGAGGCAUCGGUUUCUUGAUCCAAACCAUCAUCUUCCCCACGGGACUCGCCAAGUUCUUGUUGGUGUUGCUCGCCUUCUCGGGGCUCGCAACGAAUUCCAUCUCGUUUUAUAGCGCGAGUCUGUCCAUUCAGCAGUUUUCUAGACGCUUGGCGGCGGUGCCCAGGUUUAUUUGGACUACGAUCCUUCUUAUAGCCGUCGUCUUGCUGAGUCUGGUGGGGAGGGAUAAACUGUUGGUCUUUUUGCAAAGCUUUUUGGGAUUGUUGGGGUGUUGGGUCACGAGUUUUGUGGCGGUUAUGGUGGUGGAACAUUAUCUUUUUCGGAUCCAUGGGUGGCGGAGGUGUGGUGGUGGUUGUGCGGACUAUGACUUGGAGGCGUGGGAUACAAGACAAAAUAUGCCGGUUGGUAUAGGGGGUGGGUUGGGGUUCGCGGCGGGGAUUGUGGGUGGACUUUUGGGGAUGAGUUCGACUUGGUAUACGGGUGUUGUGGCGAGGUUAAUUGGGGGUGGUGAGGAUGGGAGGUAUGGGGAUGUUGGGUUUGAGAUGGCGUUUUUGUGUGCGGUGGUGGUGUUUGUGCCGGCGAGGUGGGUGGAGAGGAGGGUGAUGAGGCGGUGA